UUUGGCAUUUGGCAGGGCCUCAGUAGCUGACAGAAGAUUCUGGUCCUGUCUUCUUGUGCAAUAGCUUUGAAACAUAGGGGCAUUUGCAAGUUCGUAGAACCUUUUUUUUUUAAGGGUCUUCCCAUUUAAGAUUAUGAAAUCUAUGGAUUUGGAUGGAAGCAGCAGCUUAGUGGCCUCUGAAGGAUCUGGAUCAGUUCCAGCUGGACAUGUACAAGCAAGGAGACAUACAGACUUGGAGAUGAUAUCUUGAACCCUUGCGGCAUGGCUGCAUCACACGCUCCUUCCAGUCCGGUCAUCUCUGUCUUUUGCCUAUGAUAUAUUUGAGCUCCAAAGCAUUUGACUUGUGGAAAAUAUGUGCAGUAGACUUCAGGUAGCUAGUAUGUACAAUCGUGUUAAAUGACCACAGGACAGGUGGAUAGUUGGUAGAAAAGAUGUGAAGCUUGUUCUUGUGAAAAUGCUUUCCUUUUCUUUUGGGCCUCUGCGGAGGGUUAAUAAAUAGCUUGUGUAAUUCGUCUUCCAUUUGUUUGAGUAGGCAAUGACCAAGACAUCUGACAGCCCUAUUGGUUUAUAGUUUGUCGCUUUGAUUACAAAUGCUAGGAAAUCGUUAUAUUUUGGAUUCUCUUGGAUGCUUUAUUCUUUUAUUGUUAAAACUACUUUUGGCAAUUAAGUUCAGAGUUUGUGGCAACCUUCUGCAAGUCAAUUUUGUUGACUUGUUUCUCAUUCACUUGAUGUAUUCUUGUAAACAUUGUGCAAUUGUUGCACCAAAUGCAGCCUUUUAUCGUUUUACACAACAGAGCCUACCAGCUUGUAAGCCUGUGUUGACUCCUACAUGGGUUAUUUCUGUUUUCCUUUUAAUGGGAAUUAUUUUCAUUCCUGUUGGGCUUCUUGUCCUUCAUGCUUCCCACAGUGUUGCUGAAAUUGUAUACAGAUAUGAUACUGAAUGUGUACCUGCGUCAUAUAAAAAUAAUAUGGUGGCGUAUAUUAAAGAUAGUUCAGUUCCUAAACUUUGCUCCUUUUCCAUAAAGGUCAACAAGACUAUGAAAGCUCCAAUUUACAUUUACUAUCAACUAGAUAACUACUAUCAGAACCACCGGAGGUAUGUCAAAAGUAGAAGUGAUAAGCAGCUGGUACAUGGACUGGCAUACAACGAUACAAGUUCCUGCAAACCAUUACAGUCGCAUAAUGGUCUUCCGAUUGUCCCUUGUGGGUUGAUAGCAUGGAGUUUGUUCAAUGACACAUAUAAGUUUGUCCUUGGGAAAUCUGAAUUGAAGGUGAAUAGGAAGAACAUUGCAUGGGAAAGCGACCGUGAACAUAAAUUUGGAAAGCAUGUAUAUCCUUUUAACUUUCAAAAUGGAAGCUUGAUUGGUGGUGGAAAUCUAGAUCCAAACAUUCCUCUGAGUGAUCAUGAAGAUCUAAUUGUCUGGAUGCGCACUGCCGCUCUUCCAAGCUUCAGAAAGUUAUAUGGUAGAAUUGAAGAAGAUUUGCAUGCCGAUGAUGUUUUAGCUAUAAAAUUAAUGAACAACUAUAACACGUACAGCUUUGGAGGAACAAAGAAACUUGUUAUUUCAACAUCAAGCUGGUUGGGGGGAAGAAAUGAUUUCCUUGGAUGUGCCUACAUUUUUGUAGGAUCCUCUUCGCUCCUGGUUUCUAUAUUCUUCACAUUGCUACACAUGAAAUCGAGGCCCUUCAGGGAAAUAAACUUUUCAUCUAGGAAUAAAAGCAGCAGUACGGAUUAAUGAUAUAUUCUGUGAGCAGUUAGUUUCAUAGAGAUCACAAGUUUCCUCUCUAAUUGGUUGUAAGUUUCAAAGAAAAAAGAAUAUACUCGAAAGAAGAAUAUACUCAUUUGGGUGCGACUGUUCGUUGGUAUGUUACAUUUUCAUCUCAAUUAUGUGCCAGCCUACCGUUAUGAUUAGCAUUACAUUCGAGUGACGAUAUUGGAUCUUGGAUAAAAAUUGAUUUUGCUAAGGUAGAAAGCGGUAGCUUUUUUUCAUUGUAAAUAUGCUGAACUUGCUCAAUCGAUAGAACACAAGUCAUAGUGAACGGAAAGUUGUAUUAAAUUUUACGCUAUCUUUUCCUAAUAUUUACAUAGACAUGAAAUUUGUAGACUA